CAUGGCGGCCCCCUUGCAAGGUUGGUGUUGUUUCGAUUUCACAAAAAGGAUUUAAUAUUAUAUGUGUCAGACGUACGUGCAAUGAAAAAAGGACUGGAGCUUGACAAUCAAAAUUGUUCAUAGAAAAGGUGAAGAAUACUAAAGGAUAACAAUGGGUGAUGAUCCUCCAGCUAAAAGGAUUCAUUUAAGUGAGACAGAGGUAAACAACUUGUCAAGAGAAGAAUUUGCAGCAAUAUGGAAAGACCAAGAGCGAUAUAUAGAUCAAUUGGAGGCCUUAAAUUGUGGGAGUAAAGACACAAAUGAGGAAAUUACAGGCUUAAGAGAAUCGGAAGAAAAGUUAAAACAACAGCAGCUAGAAGCUACCAGACGAGAAAAUGUGUUAGUUAUGAGGCUCACCACUAAAGAACAGGAGCUUCAAGACUACAUUACACAAAUUCAAGAAAUAAAGCAAGCUCAAGUACCAAGCUCAGCCCAACUGCGCAACAUGCUCCUGGAUCCAGCAGUCAAUUUGAUGUUCCAGCGAAUGAAAAAGGAGAUGGACAGUAGCAAGGAAAAACUCGAACAGACACAAAAUGAACUCAGUGCCUGGAAGUUCACCCCUGACAGCCAAACAGGAAAACGUCUAAUGGCCAAGUGUAGAAUGCUGUUGCAAGAAAAUGAAGAACUUGGUAAAGUGAUUUCAUCUGGUAGAACAGCCAAACUAGAGGGAGAAAUUGCAUUGGAAAAGAAGUUGGUAGAAGAAUUGAAAAACAGUCAAGCAGAAACAGAGGAAUUCCUUGUUGAAAUAGAUGAAGAUGUUGAAGCAAUGCAGAGCACUAUAUACUUAUAUCAACAACAACUGAAAGAAGCCCAGGAGCAAAUUAUCAAGCUUCAAGAAGAAAAUGAACAGCUUAGGGGUGGGAAAAUGACAGAAGACAUAAAACCAUAUGAUGUGGUAGGUAAGGCGAAAACUGAAUUUGAGCAGAUGGAGGAUAAUAUGUCACGGACGUCUACACCUAGCUAUGUGUCAAACACAGAAAUGCCCAUGGAAACUGAGGAAUAUAGGACAUACACAUCACUAAGCCCACAUGAACCAGAGACUACAAAUGGGGAACACCAAAAUGCCAUGGAAAGUACAGACUCGGAUGACACAGCAGCACAAAUGUUUGGUCACAGACACACAAAUCUACAGCAACAGACUACAGGAUCAAAUAACCAUAGUAAUUGUCCACCUGUGCUUCUCAAUGACUACCCCACUGAGAGCACAGAUGCAUCCAGUGAUGCGUGGAGUCCUACCCAAGUAAAACACUCUGAUCACAGCUUGGAAGGGGAGGGGUUUCCCAUUAGUGACAAGUUACCACAGCAUGAUGCAAAUGGGAAAAAUAGUAUUAGAAAUGGGGUAGAAAAUGAAACAGUUGAUUACAUAACAGAUGAAGAAACUUGAAUUGGCUGUUUCCUUCUAUUUUUUAUGCCCAUCAUCCCAUGGAUGGGUGGGCAUAUUGCAACUACCAUGUUGGAUACAGUUAACAAGCCGGACAUUUAUUUAAAGGGGCUGGUGAAAAAAAGAAAAUACAGUAAUGACUUUUCAAUAGGGAAAAUCAUCAGUCUUUCAGAUAAUUUUGGAAUCAUUUCAAAUUAUACUCUGUACAGCAUUUUGGUGCUUUUACUGUAUAGAAUAGAACUAUUGGCAUUUUUUCCCUUACCACUCAAUAGGCAUGUUAUAAAAGAUCCAUUUAUUAUGUCAGUAAUAUUUAAAAUUCACUUUUGAGAUGUAUCCAUGUUUUAGUUCCAAGUGACAAAAUUUAAAAAUUUUAAACACCCAUGUUAGUACAUUACCUCUCUUUCUGAACUUCUCUGAGGACAGGUUAUACUUUUUGGUCAUAUUUUUACAGAUAAAUGUCUAAUUAAUGUCACAAAAUGUAAUCAAAUUCACCACCUGAUGAACCUUGCUGCCCGCCAACCAUCUUGACAGUUGUAAAUCAUGUGAAAUCCAGAAGUCUGCAAGAAUUGAGCUUGUAGGGAUGGCAGAAUUGUAAAACCACCACUUAAGUGAGAAUAGACCAACUGGACUGUUACAGAGUUUUGGCAAUUAUCAGAAAAAAGAGGAUCAAAGGUUGGUUGGUUGGAAAAAAAAUACCAUUUAACCAAGGAAAAUUUAAGUAUGCGUUUUUUGCAAAGAAAGUCCUACACUUUGCACCUUUACGUACCUAUAUUUUUACUGUGAAUUUUAUUUGUAAAAUUUACAAGAUGCUUUAUAUCACCCAGAAGUACUUCUUUUCACAAGAAAUACAAGGCACAUGCUCUUUUCUCUAAAAAGAGGAGUGUGACACUGUUAAUAGCCGGGCUGCAAUUUUACUGGUUGGAGUUGCACUGCUUCAUAGAUGUCAUCUUUUUCAUUCGUAAGAGGGUGGGUAUUAAUGAUCAUAGAUCUUCUCUACAUCUAUACAAUAAAAGAACCAGAGCCAUAGAGCAAGUCCUAGAUGAUAGUUGAUAUGAAUUUCAGAUAAAAUUAGGUAAAGUGCACUGAAGAUAAACCAAAAGUGUAUGAAAAGAAACUGCAUUAUUGAUAUAGAAUAAGAGAAAAGCCUGAUCACUGUUGUGUAGUAGAUUGGUGUUAUAAUGCAAUCAAGUUUUUUAUGUAAAGUUAAUAUUGUGUGUACAUAAAUUUAUUGAAAACAUUUACGUAUAUGUGUGGAUGUAUGUAAUUGGUAUUUCUUGUAUAUAUUAUUGGUUAUCAGUGAACUUGGCAGCAUCUCUUACAUGUAGUGCCAGAUAAAUUGGUGUAUAUGCUGCAGGUUCUAUCUUUGAUUGAGGAGUCCUUUUUCCUUCAAGUUCAUAAAGCAUUGCUAAAAUUCAUUUAAUUACCAAUUAAGAUGCCACACCUAACCUUUUUAAGAUCUAAAAAUGAGUUAUUUCUAUGAAAUUCAUUUGGUUUACUCGGUCUUUAUAAAAUCUGACAAGAAGGGAAGUGUUAGAUAUUUUUGUGUGUUUUUGUACUUAUGUUAGUGAGUUGAGAGGGGACAGCAGAAAUAAACAUGCCAACAUCUUGAUAUUGCCUUUACCUGAUCUGUUUCUGUUUCAAAGAUCAUGGGGAUUUCUCUUUUUUUGUUCAUCAGGGUCAAAUACAUUUGACCAAAAAUAUUUAGAAAGACUUGUUAAUGUACUGAUAUGUAUUGUUCCAUUUAUUUCUUUAAAAAACCUUCACUUUUCUCUUUGGCAGAAGACUGGGAUGCCUGAUGAUGAUGGAUUAUUUUGGUAGAAAUAGCUUUAAUGUGAGACCUUUGCUAAGGUUUAUAUUCGUAAAUUCAACUUCUAUUUUUCAAAAUAAUUGAAAUUGUUUCUGUUUGUUUACCCAAGCAGAUUAUGAUUAUGAAAAAAGUUUUUGGUCAUAUUUCACAUAUAGUCUACAUCUUGAUUUGCUGUCUUAUAAAUAAAACAGUCAUUUUAA